CAGCUUAAUCAACACACUGUUACAGCUUUAACAAAACAGCUUAGCUGGCUAAUUACGAACAGUGUCAGUUCAGUUCGUUAGCCAGAUGCCAUUGUUAACUAACUGUGUCUCAAGCUAAGCCUAUGUCCUUCCCGGACAGUUCCGGGAAGAACAACUUCCCUAGAGCCCUUCCAUUUUCCACACUUGUAUAAAUAUUGGCGAUGGACAAGGUAAAAAGCCGACUCCCUAGCAUGAUAGAACAACCUACAUCUUCCUCUCUCAAUGGCUUCCAUUCCUGAUUUCUUUUCCGACCAUCAAUUUUCUCCAGAUGAUUUUUCAGAGAUUACAUCAAUAAUGGCUGAGGAAGAUCAAAGUUAUGUUAGAACUGAUUCAUUUUCUAGCACAUAUAUGUCAAGCUGUGCAAUUUCUAAUUUUAGUUGUGCAGUGUUAGGCGAUCAUCAAGAUCAUGGCAACUUUCCAGUGUUGUAUGAUCAUAGAAAUGAUGAUGCACUUGAUAUUUUUCUGGGGGAAUCUGAGAUCAUGUCCCCGAUUCCAGUAACCAAUUCAUUGCCUCAACCCUCUGGCAUUUUGGAUAUAGAUGUGCUACCCAAAUUAAUGGAUUAUAAAAUGGGGGGGCACAGGGCCGACAUUGCUAAAAUUCAGAAUUUCGAUGCCGGGUUCCGAUUACCGGACGCCUCUGGGUAUAGGGAGGAUUUUGGUGAGGUUAUGCCAAAUUUUACGCCCGUCUGCCCUCUUUCCGGAGAAAAAUGGGAAGUUGAAUACGAUCAAACGGCGUCAACUAAAAACUCCGACACAAAAAAUGUUGUCCGGUAUACAGCAGAAGAGAGGAAAGAGAGAAUUCUAAGGUAUCUGAAGAAGAAAAACCGAAGGGCGUAUAACAACAACGUUAAGUAUGCUUGCAGAAAAACCAUAGCUGAGGGGAGACCUCGUGUUCGCGGGAGAUUUGCAAAGCCCGGCGAAGUUUUUGAAGAAGAAACUGAAGUUAAGACGAAUGAUAUUAUACUUCAUAAGCACCAAGAAAAAGGAACACAUUGUGAUGGUGAUGCCAUGCGGGCACUUCUAGCCACAAUAUUCGAAGAAGAAUGAUAGAAUUCAAGCUCCUUAACACUGGAAUGUUCUCUAUAUUCUAUCUGACUAAAGUUGCUAGAUGAAACCAAUAGAAUGAAUUUGUAUAUCAUACUAUAUAGCAUUUGCUAACAUUGAAAAUUUUAAUAUUGUUAAA